AUGCGCUCCCGGUUCCCGGACGUGACUGACGACCGCUUGAUAACAGACAUGGCAACCGAGUUGGAAAACUCUAGUAGGAACCAAGCCCAAUGGCUAGAAAUAAGUGCAAAUGUAAAACCAUCGGACCUGUCGUGCCGGUCGUGGGAAUGGGAGAGUACGUUGGUUUAUGGGCAUCCAACUCACCCAUACCAUCGAAUGUUUUAUCCGCAAUCACCUCUAUACCCUUUCGACCCGAGAAACUUGAUAGAUGUCAUCCACCCAUCGCUAGUCUUCGUCGCGGUCCCUCGCACCGACCUGCGUAUCUCGGGUGCAUUCAAGGAGACGUUGGAGCCCCUGCUCGCCGGACUGGGCAUUUUAUCAAGCGCCGGCAAGCACGAGUUGAUUGUGCCUUGCCUAGCCCAGCAGCUUCCCGCCGUCCAGCGAUACUUUCCCCAAGCUAGAGUGCUCAAGACGGUCUCGGAGUGCGCAGAUGCGCAGGCCUCGAUGCGUACGCUGACACUGCGCCCAGAGCUUGACUUUCCAUUCCAUCUCAAGCUGUCUCUUGCGUGUCGCAUCACAUCUGCAGUGCGAACAAUCUCCCCACUUGCUGCCAUGGCGGGUCCCGCCAUAACAGACCUGCGGGCGAAGCUUCUGCCUCUAGACUUUUGGGUUUUCCGAGAAGUCGGAGCUGUGGCCGGCAAUCAAGCGGAUUCUGCUCACGCGAGACAUCUAUGUUGCAUCCUCCGUGACGACCUCGAAGCUAGGGCCAAGGCAAACAACGAGGCAUUGAUCAUCGCGGCAGCUCUAGCGCAAUGUCCAUAUCCUCUAGGCAAAAAGCGCUCUUACGCUGAAAUAUUAUUCAACCUAAGAAGCCACGAGGAGAAACGUAAAUGGUUUAGAAGAUAUGUUGCCUGCUUAUUUCGGGCCGCCUUGCCACCCCUCGUCCAUCUGGGAAUCGGGCUUGAAGCACAUGGCCAGAACAUAGUUGUCCGGAGUCAUGCUGCGGCCUUGAUGAGCUCCCUGGGGCUCGAGAGACACGGUGGAUGGGCUAUUGUCCAGGAGGAGUUGGGCGACAUGUUAAACAUGAGCAAACCAGGGCGAAGGCUUCACGACUUCUUUCUCGGCGACACGAUGCCCUUCAUGUGCUUCUUGCGCUUGCGAAUGGAGGAAAGGGGCUACGAUCACGUCGAAAGGCAGCUCCCAAAUGUGCUUUUCAUGGAUUCACCUCGGCUUUGCAAGGGGCCUGAGCCGACGGGUAUCCAAAGGUGGUGUUGGGGUCACCAAUUCCAGGUACCAAAUGUUCUCAAUUGUAACUAG